GUUUCAACGGAUACAUUCCCCACAUCUCUCUCUCUCUCUCUCUCUCUCUCUCUCACACAAGGAAACGGACUAGAUAAAGGGCGCAUUGCCCGGAACUCAAACCCCUAAACUUCGCUAUAUUUCAGGAGCCUGUUCAGGUCCGCUCCCCCCCUCUCUCUGUCUCUCUCUCUCUGAAAACAAAAACAAAAAAACAAAAAGUAAAAACCCCCUCUUUAUCUCUCUCUCUCUGUGUGGUUCAAGUCCCAAAACAGAGGAGUUUAACAACAAACUCCAGCACACACAUUCGUCUUUCAGUUUUAAGAGAGAGAGAGAGAGAGAGAGAGGAGUGAGAGUGAGGUCAUUCCAGUACGAUAAUGGGAAGAUCCACUGCGUCCUGCUUCAAGAUCAUUACCUGCGCCGAUCCCGUCGACGCCACUGACGACGUCGAAGCUCCUGAGGGCAAGGGUUCAAGUCAGCGUGGGUGGAGUUUCCGGAAGAGAUCUGCCAGGCAUCGAGUACUAAGCAACACUGUAGUUACAGAAACAUCAUCUUCUUCGUACAAGGAGAGCCCACAAACUGCUACUGCCAACUUGCAAACUCAACCAAAUCCAACUUCACUGGAGAAAACCUCUGCAAUACCAUGGACAGAAGAGAUACCCCUAUUACCGGCUUCAGUGAAUACAAAAGUGUGUGAUACCAGAGUUGCUUCAGAGGAUGAUAAAUUGCAUCAUGUCAACCCAGAUGAGUCUGUCAUUGUUGUCAUCCAGGCUUCUAUCAGAGGAUUUUUGGCUCAGAAAGAAAUGGUUAAGCUGAAGAAUGUGGUUAAGUUGCAAGCUGCUGUACGUGGGCAUUUGGUCCGGAGGCAUGCUGUGGGAACUCUACGUUGUGUCCAAGCCAUUAUCAAAUUGCAAGCUCUUGUACGUGCGCGUCGUGCUCGCCUUCUUUCUGAAGGGUCAUGUACUGAAGGGGUGCUAGAUGGUGGUCAUGGGAAGGAUAAACACAGUUCACAGCUCUUGGAAAAGGGCAAUUCAGUAACGAAACCAAUGGAAACAUAUAUUUCCAUUGAGAAGCUGCUUAGCAACAAGUUUGCUCAUCAGCUGUUGGAGUCAACACCAAGGACCAAACGUAUCCACAUUAAGUGUGAUCCUUCUAGAUCUGAUUCAGCUUGGAAAUGGUUGGAGAGAUGGAUGUCUGUUUCAUCAAUGGAAGUUGAGCAACCACAGAAACCGGAGGCAGCGGUGGAGCAACAGGAUCAGGACAAAGAAACUGGAUUUGCAGCUGAAGAUUGUGAGUUAACAGAUAUUAAUAAGACCAAUACCACGGGAACACUAGUGCUCUCUAAAGGUGAUGAAAAUUUGAUAACUUCUAAUUCAAGCGACUUUGAGUUCCAAGCAUGCCAACCAAGCUCUUCUGCCAAAAGUGAGAAUUUGGAGCCUCCACUUACUGAGAAUGCAAACGUGGAAAACUCGAAAGAGAGCUCAUUGGAGUUGAUUUCCGAUCAAACUACGCAAUUGGAGUCAAUUUCUCAGAUGGAGUUCAAUCCAAUCUCUAGUAAGCCUGAAUUGGAGAAGGAGCAGGCCACAAGUUCUUUGAAAAGGUUUGCUCCUGAACAAGUGGAGACUGAGGGAAAGAAGUUUGCGUUUGGGAUGAGAAAGGCAACUAAUCCUGCAUUUAUCGCUGUUCAGUCAAAAUUUGAAGAGCUAAGCUCAUCUGCCACUUCAGUCAGAUCAACCAAUUCUAACAAUAAAGACGUUGCAGUUGAAUCAUAUUCGGACUCAAUCUCAUCUACAAGGGAGGUUGGGCCAGAAGAGAACUCAGUUUUGCAUAACUUGGUGGUUAAAGUUGGUCGCUCUGAAUCUGGGACUGAACUCUCUAUUUCUUCCACUCUUGAUUCCCCCUACGGGUCUGAGAAUGGGGCAAUGGAUGUUGAACACAAAGCAGAGGAUUCAGAGGUAGGGACUAGUAAUCUUAAUAGCUCUAAACACCUAGAUAUUGAAGCCGAUUGUGAGACUACCAUCACAGAAGCUGAUAUAUCCUAUUCCAACGUGGGUCAGCCAGAGAAACUUGAUGAUGGCGCCAUGAGUGAAUCCGCCAAUUCAGUUGCACCUGGAGAUUCCUUACAGGAAAAUGUCAAGUCAGAGCCAACUACAUAUGAUGGUGGUAAUGGCGAACCUUUCAAUUCUUCCACAGCUGUAGAUUCCUUGCAGGAAAAUCGGAAGUCAGAGGCAAAUGUCCAGAUUGAGCCGGAGCUGGUCCCAGGUCAUCAUACGGACAAGUCAUCACCAGAAGCAUCUCCAAGGAACCACAUGGCAGACCCUGAAGUCCAGGAAACACCUUCUAGUCAGGUAUCAGUGAAAGGUGAUAAAACUAGAAGUGGUAAACGAGGAUCUAGCCGGAAACGUAGGUCUCUUGCAGCUGGUAAACAAUCCCCUUCGAAUCCUAACCAUGAUUCCGGCUCAAAGGAUAGUUUAGAAAAAUUGGAUAAAGAUCAUAAAACUGGGAAGAGGCGGAAUUCUUUUGGUUCUGGGAGACCUGAAGAUGUUGAUCAGGAACCUAGAGAGAGUAAUUGUAGCAACUCUAUCCCAAGUUAUAUGCAAGCUACGGAAUCCGCGAGAGCCAAAGCUCUAGCAGCUAGCUCGCCAAAAUCAAGCCCAGAUGUGCAUGACAAGGAGAUCUACGUCAAGAAGAGACACUCACUUCCUGGUGCAAAUGGACGGCAGGGAUCUCCUCGCGUCCAGCGGUCAUCAUCUCGCUCACAGCAAGGUGCUAAGGGAAAUGGUCCUCAUGAGAGAAAGUGGCAAAGGUGAAGAAGAUAGACAAUUGCAAAAGCAAACACAGUAUUUAGCAAGUCCAAGAAGCUUGAUCACCAAUCUUUUUAUGGCGCAGCUAUCUAAUUCCGGUUCUCGACACAAGAAUGCAACAACAGAUAAUAUAGAGAAUGGAAUUAGUUUCUAUGUAAAUUAGUGCCAUAAUCCUGUCUUUUAUUAUUGCCAAUUUCUAUUUGAUUAUGAAGCUGUCUGCUUCAGAGGUUUGCUUGCAUGGUUGUUGGUGACUGCAGAGCAUUGUGUGAUACUGUUUUCGGUUUGUUUUGUAUGAUGGAUUGAUGGUUUUGGUCUAUUUUCAAGGUUUGUAACUCGAAUUUUCGGUUUGGUCAAUUUCAAUAAUUUCUUUUUGGGUUUUUGACAUGAAA